GAAGAGGACGAGUGUUGGCGCGAAUUGUACUUAAGGUGCGGCCAAGAAAGGGAUAACCGGCUUAAGAACAUCACUAAAUUUAUCUCUAAUAAACAGCAGAAAGCAUUGCCCGUAAGACAAACACAAUUCUCGGAGAACGUCAAGACUCCGCGCGAAAUACUCCGCAAACAGGAGCGCUCGGGUAUCAGUCAGUCGUACGGCUCUUCAGGUGGUGGUGGCGGCGGUGGUUCCGGAGGUUAUUCUUCACAAUACGUUAAAAUAGUUCCAGAAAAACCAAAGGUCGCACCACUCAUGAGGAAAGUACUGAAACUACAAAAAGCGCGAAACAGUAGGAGAUAAUGGUUGGGACUCUAAAUCAAUUGCUUUUAAAUCUAUAACAACAACAACACAACCAAAUGUGUCAACAAUUAAUUUACAAUUGGAUAGGAAUUUAUUUUUGUUGUUUUUUAUUAUAAAAAAUGUAUUUUAAUUUUAAAAAUAAAUUAAUAGAAAACGAA